GUGUCGUGCAGGUGUCUAUUCUUCAAUCACUAUGUCAAGUGACACAGAUGUUUCUCUUUCUUCAUAUGAUGAAGAUCAGGGAUUUAAACUUAUCCGAAAAGCUAGAGAGGCACCAUUUGUCCCCAUUGCAAUGGCAGGUUUUGCAGCAAUCGCUGCAUAUGGAUUAUAUAAAUUGAAGAGCAGGGGCAAUACUAAAAUGUCUGUUCACCUGAUCCACAUGUGUGUGGCAGCCCAAGGCUUUGUUGUGGGAGCAGUGGCUCUUGGUAUGGGCUAUUCCAUGUAUUGAGAAUUCUGGGCAAAACCUAAACCUUGGAAGAGGAGAUGCUGUCUUGGUCUCGGUGGCGCUUGCUUUAGUUAGACAUCUCAUAUUGAGGUUAUAUGUUUAUGUUGAAAAUAAAUUCUGCGGGUCAGACAAUAACAUGGUAAUUUGAA